AUUGCGGUACCGCUUGGGAGCAGCUUGGACGGCGUGCAGCUCCCUGUGUGUGCGCGAUGUGGAGGGCUGGGGCGCACUGGCGUCCGGCGCUGCUGCUCCUGCCCCUGCUGAUGGCCGUGACACUCGGCCGCACUCCGAUCCCGCACAGGGGUAACGAGCCCAGCAACAUGUCGUACGUCAAAGUCACCGUGGACAAAUUGCUUAAAGGCUACGACAUUCGGCUCAGGCCCGAUUUUGGAGGUCCUCCGGUUGAUGUCGGGAUGAGUAUUGACAUCUCCAGUAUCGACAUGGUGUCUGAGGUGAACAUGGACUACACCAUCACCAUGUAUUUCCAGCAAUCAUGGCGUGAUAAACGCCUGUCCUAUACAGGAAUUCCUCUGAACUUAACGCUGGAUAACCGUGUGGCUGAUCAGCUAUGGGUGCCUGACACUUACUUCAUAAAUGACAAGAAAUCUUUCGUUCAUGGUGUCACCGUCAAGAACCGCAUGAUUCGGCUGCAUCCAGAUGGAACUGUGCUUUAUGGCCUCAGGAUAACUACAACAGCAGCCUGUAUGAUGGACCUGCGGAGGUACCCCCUGGAUGAACAGAACUGCACCCUGGAGAUUGAGAGCUAUGGUUAUACCACAGAUGACAUUGAGUUUUAUUGGCAGGAGGGAAGUUCAGUGACUGGAGUAGACAACAUUGAGUUGCCACAGUUCUCAAUCAUUGACUAUAAAACUUUGUCUAAGAAGGUGGUGUUUGCAACAGGGUCAUACCCUCGUCUGUCCCUGAGCUUUAAGCUGAAGAGAAACAUUGGAUAUUUUAUCCUGCAAACCUACAUGCCUUCAAACCUGAUCACCAUCCUGUCCUGGGUCUCCUUCUGGAUUAACUAUGACGCUUCUGCAGCACGGGUAGCUCUAGGAAUCACAACUGUUCUGACCAUGACCACCAUCAACACCCAUCUACGGGAGACGCUGCCCAAGAUCCCCUAUGUAAAAGCCAUAGAUAUAUAUCUAAUGGGCUGCUUUGUCUUCGUGUUCUUGGCCCUACUUGAGUAUGCAUUUGUUAACUACAUUUUCUUCGGCCGAGGGCCUCACCUACAGAAGAAAGUGGCAGAAAAAGCUGCUAAAAGCAACAAUGAGAAGAGCAGACUGGAGAGCAAUAAAAUCCAGGUGGAUGCCCAUGGGAACAUUCCCCUUACCAAUCUUGACCUGCGCCUCACUGGGGCUGAGAUGUUCGGUAAUCUUGGUGACCCUCGGAAUACCAUGUUUUCUUAUGACAGUGCCAGCAUCCAAUAUCGCAAGCCCCUGACAGGCUGUGACCUUUACGGCCGGCCGGCUGCUUCCCUUGAGCGGCCAAUCAAACACAAGAAGAGUCGCUUGAGGAAGCGGGCCUCUCAGCUAAAGGUGAAAAUUCCAGACCUGACAGAUGUGAAUGCCAUCGACAAAUGGUCGCGUGUCAUCUUUCCCAUCACAUACACUUUCUUUAACCUAGUUUACUGGCUUUACUAUGUCCACUAG